GGGGCCCUGCGAGCUCCUGGCGGGAGCCAGCCGGGCCACGGAGAUGGUGUGGGUGAGUGCCUCGUUCCCUACAGCCAUUCCGGGUGUGCGCCUGGGACACCUUCCGCCAGCCCUGCGGGCUCGCCUGGCGGGAGCAGGGCCGGGGAUGGUGUGGUUGAUCUCAUGAACUCCAAAAUGAAACAGAAACUGACCAUAGAAAAGUCCUCAGGAUCUUUGCAGAAGUACCUCACAGAUAGCACAAGCAGUGCUGCCCGAAGACCGACUCUUAAAAUGAUCCAGCCUUCAGCAGCCGGCAACCUGGUUGGCAGGCGUAAUGAGAAGAAAUCUUCAGUCAGAAGGAAGCUCUGGAAUAACAAGUUUGCCUCAAAGGCUUCUAAAGCUGAGGUGUCUGUGGACAAUGAGCAAGAGAAUGAGAAUGAUGUCAUUCAAGCUGAAGAUCUCAUGGUGAAAGGAGAUCCUUCAUCUCAGUAUUGGAAAGAAGUGGCAGAAGAAAGGAGGAAGGCUCUGUAUGAAGUGCUUCAAGAAAAUGAAAAGUUGCACAAGGAAAUUGAGCAGAAGGAUGGUGAAAUUGCCCGCCUAAAAGAAGAAAAUGAAGAGCUCAUGUCCCUUGCUGAGCAUGUGCAUUAUAUGACCAGUGUGAUUGAGAGGCUGACUGGGCAAGCACCUGACAAUCUUGAGACACUGGAGAGUCUGGCUCUAGAGGAAUCCAGACAGGAAAAUGAAGAGCACAUCUGUGGAGAUGAGGCAGACAGCCCUUCUGAAGAAGAACCAUCACAAGUAUUGUCUGGUUUAAGGGAGAAUAGAUCAGAUCUUCCUUCAAAGGAAGCAAGCCAUUUUCAACUGGAAUGACAACCUUUAAAUAGGCUUAUGUAUGUGGCUUUUAAUUGCAGGCUUCCUCUUGAAAGGAUAUACUGAACCUCAGGUACAGAAACUCUUGUGGGAACAUUACAGUUGUUGGUGUUUUUAACUGGAAUUAUGUAGCAGUGGGAGGAGUAUCUGAAUACUGCAUGGAAAAUUUACUACAGGCUGCAUGUAGUUGCUUGUAGGAAAUACAAAUACUGUGUAUUUCAACUGUUGUGUAAAUAUCUUUAUCAGUUGGUCUGACAUGAUGCAUGAGAAUUGAUAAAUAAAUCUUUGCAUUACCAAAAUAGCGUCUUAAUUGACAGGGGAAUGGUUAAUCCUUAGUUUAAAUCAAUUAUGACUCCUGUAGAUGGAAGCUUUCAAGUUUUUGGGGGGAAUGCUUGGGCAGUUUUUAGUUCUUUUUAGAUUUGUGGAAUUCUGGAUUAAAAAAAAUGGGGGUUUUUUUGUGGAUAGAGGGAGGGAAAAAGCAAGAACUUGUGUAUUGUUGGUGAGGUUUCAGAAAGGCUUGUUGGAUAAGAGUCAAAAUCUAAAGGUCAGUUAUGAUUUUCAGAGUUUUUAAAAUUCAUUUCCUCUGUCUUCUAAGGAAGCAUUUUGCAAUCUGUGUAAUGAGAGCUUAAGUAGGAAAUAUUAGACAAUUUAUUUUUGUACUACUUUAGUUGGCUCAUGAAGAGAAGGUGAUAUGUUCUUGGUCCCAGUAGCAGCUGUGCUGAAAACUAGGUGGAGACAAAGCAGCCUGUACUUGAGAGCUGUUCUGAAAGGAAACUCGGUGUUUUCAAGGUACUGCUCUGGUAUUUACCAAGAGAUGAGACACCCUUUUACCAAGGUACUUUAGGUUCUGAAAAGUUUACAGGAAUAGAAAGGGUCUUUAAAACCUUGAGCACCUUAUCUGAUAUCUGCAUGGGCUCCGAUGGAGCAGGAAAGUUGGAUACAGAUUUUCCAGUACUGAGUGAACUCGGGGCAGUUGUUCUGCAACAAGGCUUUUACAAUGGGGGCUGUUACCAUAUCUUGGGAGCAGCUUAAAGCCGAGUGUCUUUCAGGAGGCAGAAGUGAAUAGAAGCAUCCUGGUUUCUGGAUCUCUGUGGCCUUGCCAGAGAUGGUUUCUUCAGGGUAUGUGUGAAUGACUGUGGAGCUAUCAGAUUGGCACCUUUAUAUUCCUUCUGUUUUACUUCCUGUGGCUGUUGAUCAGUUAACAGGUGUUUUACAAGUGAUUUCAGUUGUGACAUCCAAGAAAUGUCAGAAACCACUGUAGGAGGUAAUACUCCUGGCUGCCAUUUUACCUCAAGCAUGCUAAUUAGAGAACGGAGUCAUCACAAUUUCUUGUGAACAAGAUUAUAUCUUCCAGUGUAUGCUCCAGGGGGUGCUUAGACAUAUUCCUUUCCAUCACAAGAUGAAAAGGUGAGAAAGGUGUGUCCUUUAUCUUGCACUGAUGCUGUCUUGAAGAAGAAACAAAACUGGAUGCUGGGCAAAUGCUUUGUAGCUUAACCUUGGUUUUCUGUUGAGAAGUGGAUAAUGCUUGUCAAGUGACUUAGACCUCUCCUAUCUCACAUUCUAAGCAACUUUCUUAACAAUGUAGUUCAUCAUUAGUAAAUAAGGAAGCAUUUUCAUUUUGAUAUGAUUGGUUUUUGUAGUUCAACUUAAAGUGAUUGUCAACUCUAGUUCUUUUAGCGGUGGCUUUAUUUUUAAACAUCAAGCAUAUUGUAUUUGCAGAGGCUGUAGAAGGGAAGAAAGGACUGUGGCAUGACUAGCAGACCAAAAUGAGACAGCAAGUGCAACUUUUCCACUAUUUCACUUCCUGCUGUGUGAGCUGCUGUAGUACAGGUGCUGUUGUUGGAACAGGACUGUCUGAGACAAAUCCAGAAUUUGUGCGCAGUAUCUGUGUUUCUUACCUUCAGGCUGAUUAAGAAGAAUGCAUGUUAGGCUUAAAUCUUAUGCUUUUUCUGGAAUGAUUUUAUUUAAAUAAAAAGAUGUGACAGUGUUGAUAUGCUGGACCCUUUUGUUGAAAUAGACUGUGUACAAAUAAAUGAUGGAAGUUCUGCAAGUAGGCUGAUGGAUGUAUUGCAGCAUUUGGCCCACCUGUAAUAGAGUAAAUUUUUAUGUCAAGAAGGCAUGUGCCACUUAGUAAUACAUACUGAUGUUUUCAA